AUGCCUGGCUCUCCGUCAACUUUACAUCAAAAACCGACCAACCCUAGCCGGGCUUCUCCGCAGGAAGGUCGGCCCGCCGACCCUCCUCCGCUGGCCAGGGCCGCAGUCUCGGACAUGCAGAGUACUCGCGGAGACAGUAACAACCAGACGCCGAAAAAGUCAACGAAGCGCAAGAAGAAACGCCAGCGGAAACGGCAUAAUCGUCGGCCCUCUUUUCUGAGUGCAGAGGACCCCGAGUCGGGGGCCCCUCGCCGUCCAUCGAUUGCUGAGCCGGGGGAUAUGAUGGCCGCCAGUCAGACCAAGUCUCAAUCUGCGCUGCCAUUCUACAAGCUGGGGAGGGACCUUAGCAGCACUAGUCUGGAAAGCGAGGCUCUGUUGGAUCAUAGGCACCAACCCAUGAUACCCCGUCGCGAGAGUCGUCUAUCCCAGUCUUUUCGGCCCGGGUCAUUGUCGACCCCAACAUAUAUGGGCUCGCGCAACCCUCCCUCGGCUACGAGGACGCUACAUGAGGAAGAUGAUAGUGAUAUUUUGGAGGAAGUGAAUGAUCGUACACCACUGGUGCGGCCUACCUCGAGCCACAAGCCGCCUCUCGCCCGGUACGGGACCGAUUCCAAGUCGAGCGCUUUUUCGUUCCGCCGGCGACGCUCUUCGGGGCGGUCCAGCUCCUCUCACCGUUCACCUCGUGCGGUCUCGAGUCCGGCCGUACCGGAGCCGGAACGCGAUUAUGAUAUCAACAAUCCUCCCUCGAUACCUGGAACCCCCAAGCUCGGCGCGGACAUGGGGUAUGACGAUGCCGUCGUGACGGGAGCGGACUUUGACUUCAAUCUCGCCAAGUCGGUCGAGAAUCGGCUGGAAUCUAUGCCCCGCUCCAAUGACAUGGUCAUUGAUGUAGAGGGAGGUCCCAAACGCUUCGGCAAGUCUGCCCCCUCCUCCCCGGGAUCGCCUCGGUCUCCCCGUGAGCUUCGUCGACGCCGGACAGUGCCGGCGGAGGAAGAUGUGUGCUUCCCUACAGAGGAAGCGUCCGUGCUGGCUGAGGAGGAGGCGAGAGCCGCACGCGCGGGAGAACGUCGUAGACGUCGGCGCCGCGAGUGGCCAGAUCUGUCAGUCUUGGAGGAAUGGAGCCGUGAGGAGAAAGAGGAUCGAACGGGCGAUUUGCGAGCUAAGAAAAUCAGUGAGCCGGUGCUUAUCGAGGGCCGGCUACGUCCACAGUACCGACUCUGGCGUCGCGAGGAGGAUGAGGUGCCCUACCGCUUCACCUAUUUCAAUGAAGAGUUCCAGAGUACGAUCCACUCGCAGACUAUCUCCGAGCUGGUGCAGCCUGGGGGCAGCUUCCGCGAGCUCUUCAUUCCCGAUCCUCCCGAGCUAGAAGUGUCUUCGGAUGAAGAGGACGAGGAGGAGUCGGAUGAGCGACUUGCGGACAGCACAGCGGAGAUCAAGUCCAAUGGCAAUCAUGCGGCAACGGAUGCAGGCAACAAAGGCCCAUGGCAUGAUCGACAACAACCACGCAUGUCGAUCAUCAGCGAAGCCGUUUCCGAAGCGCGCACCUCCGUCGACGCCUCCCCUCAUCCCCCGGCUCCUCCCCAGAAGACCAAGCGGUACGGACCCCGCCCGACUUUCUGGUUGGACGUUCUGAGCCCGACCGACGCCGAGAUGCGGGUUAUCGCUAAGGCGUUCGGCAUUCACGCACUCACGGCUGAGGAUAUCAUGAUGCAGGAGGCUCGAGAGAAAGUGGAGCUCUUCCGCAACUACUACUUCGUCAACUAUCGUACCUUCGAGCAGGACCCGAAUAGCGAGAAUUAUCUGCAACCAGUCAACAUGUACGUGGUUGUGUUUCGUGACGGGGUUCUGUCCUUCCAUUUCUCGCAGACGCCGCAUCCUGCCAAUGUCCGGCGUCGGAUCCGGCAGCUGAUGGAUUAUCUGAUCCUGAGCGCCGAUUGGAUUUCGUAUGCGCUGAUUGACGACAUCACGGACGUGUUCGGGCCACUGAUCCAGUCGAUCGAGGAUGAAGUCGACGAGAUCGACGAAAUGAUCAUGCGGCUGCACUCUCCCGAGAGCGACGGCAAGGAGGAGAGUGGCGACGACGCCCAGGCUUCACUCGCCCCGGGAGAAAUGCUGCGCCGGGUCGGCGUGUGCCGCAAGAAGGUCAUGGGCAUGUACCGACUGCUGAGCAACAAGGCAGACGUUGUGAAGGGGUUUGCCAAGCGGUGCAAUGAGCAGUGGGAAGUGGCACCCAAAUCCGAGAUUGGUCUGUAUCUGGGUGAUAUCCAGGACCAUAUCAUGACGAUGACCAGCAGUCUGACCUACUACGAGACACUGUUGUCGCGCGCACACAGCAACUAUCUGGCGCAGAUCAAUAUCCUGAUGAACGAGCGGCAGGAGCAGACGGCGGAUGUCUUGGGCAAGCUGACGGUGCUGGGAACGAUUGUGGUACCGCUGAAUAUCAUUUGCGGAAUGUGGGGGAUGAACGUGAAGGUUCCUGGCCAGGACGUGGAUAACCUACACUGGUUUUGGUCGAUUACGGGAGGCCUGAUCAGUCUGGCGGGACUAGUACAGUACGGCUGUUCUGUUUCAUAG